AUGGAGGACUCCCGGGAGACGUCGCCCUCCUCCAACAACUCCUCCGAAGAGCUCAGCUCUGCCCUGCAGCUGUCCAAGGGCAUGUCGAUCUUCCUCGACAUACUGAGGAGAGCAGAUAAAAAUGAUGAUGGAAAAUUGUCCUUUGAAGAAUUCAAAGCAUAUUUUGCAGAUGGUGUUCUGAGUGGAGAAGAAUUACAUGAGCUCUUCCAUACCAUUGAUACACAUAAUACCAACAAUCUUGACACAGAAGAACUCUGUGAAUAUUUUUCCCAGCACUUGGGCGAAUAUGAGAAUGUGCUAGCAGCACUUGAAGACCUAAAUCUUUCCAUCCUGAAGGCAAUGGGCAAAACAAAAAAGGACUACCAAGAGGCCUCCAAUUUGGAACAAUUUGUAACUCGAUUUUUAUUGAAGGAGACCUUGAAUCAGCUGCAGUCUCUCCAGAAUUCUCUGGAAUGUGCCAUGGAAACUACUGAGGAGCAAACCCGUCAAGAAAGGCAAGGGCCGACCAAGCCAGAAGUCCUGUUGAUUCAGUGGCCUGGAAAGCGAUCAAGUCGCCGAGUGCAGAGACACAACAGCUUCUCACCUAAAAGCCCUCAGUUUAGUGCCUGUGGUCCAGGCUUAUUAGAAGAAGAUAACCAGUGGAUGACCCAGAUCAAUAGACUCCAGAAAUUAAUUGAUCGACUGGAAAAGAAGGAUCUCAAACUUGAACCACAGGAAGAAGAAGUUAUUGAAGGGAAUACUAAAUCUCACAUCAUGCUUGUCCAGCGUCAAAUGUCUGUGAUAGAAGAGGACUUGGAAGAGUUCCAGCUUGCUCUGAAGCACUAUGUGGAGAGCGCUUCCUCCCAGAGUGGAUGUUUGCGUAUUUCCAUACAGAAGCUUUCCAAUGAAUCUCGGUACAUAAUUUAUGAGUUUUGGGAGAACAGCAGUGUGUGGAAUAGCCACCUUCAGACGAAUUAUAGCAAGACAUUCCAAAGAAGCAACGUGGAUUUCUUGGAAACUCCAGAACUCACAUCUACUAUGCUAGUUCCUGCUUCAUGGUGGAUCCUGAACAACUAG